AUGGCUCCUGCGGACGACGACCCGGCCCGGGCCUACCACGAUGCCGUCGCCGCCGCCUCCACUGCAGCUACUCCUCCUGCUUCUCCUCCUCGACAGCUCCCCUCGCCUCAACCUGCUCCUCUUCCUUCCAUCACAGCCAAUGCGUCGACAGCAGGGGCUACGGCUGUAGCGACAGAAUCAGCAACGCCAACGCCGCGACCUUCGGCACCCCCAGCAGCAGCCGCCUCGUCGUCGACUCCCGCUCCCCCCGAGGUUCCAGCUCCCGGACCAGCUCCGACCCAAGCUGCCGCGUCGGCCAUCGCAUCCUCCGAAGCUCCCCCGCCUCCCUUACAUGCAUCCGACGCCGCUGCUGCAGCUGCUGGCUUGACUGGUGCAACCGCCGCAACAGCAACCUCCGCCGCCGCCGAUGCACCGCCGCGACCGCGUGCCGGCUCCGACAACUCCAAUCCCGCACCGGCCGCCGCUGGAGCUGAUACCCUGCCUCAGCAGAACGGCGACGGACGGGCGUCUGAACCCGAGGCCAACGGCAGCAUGUCGAGCCACUCGCCUGCCAUACCCGCCUCAUACCACAGUCCGCACCUGGGCUACCCGACCGGCCCCACGGCCGCCUCGGCAUCGCCCCCGGGCUCGGCAUACGUGCCCAUGACCAGCCUGCCCUCGACGCCCUCGCACUACUCCUCAUACUCGCCGGUCACGUCUGCCGCCCAACAUGUCGAUGUCUACAGGUCUACGCCCGCGGCCACCAGCGCCCCGAUGUCGCUUCCCAGCAUGCGCACCAUCGAUGCCCUGUCUCACCAGGCAGUGAGCCAACCCUCCGGACCGCCAGCUCUUCAUCACGCCAUGUCCAUGGGCAUGAGCGCUUCCUUGGCCUCUGUGUCGAGCCCGCCCGCCUUCUACCCUCACCACUCUGUGCCGCUGCCGUCCAACUACGGGCUUGGCCACGACCCCAUGGUGCGAUACCCCCUGCACGAUCCCCGCAUUCUGGGGAGCAGAGGGCCUAAAAAGUGCGACGAGACACACCCGACGUGCAACAACUGCAAAAAGUCCAAGCGGGAGUGCUUGGGCUACGAUCCCAUCUUCAGGCAGCAAGCUGGCGGCGCGCCUCCCAAUUCUCAUAUUCAACCUGCUCCCGUGAGCCAGCCACCCGUCGCGUCGCCCGUACCACCCGUGUCCGCCUUGCACACCACGGCGGUGCCCGGCCCGCGCCUUGGCAAUUCAUACGGCGCCCAGCCGUCUAUGCUGCCUAGCUCAUACUCUUCGAGCCCGGCAACGACCCUGAGCACGGGCCCCAUCAGUCAUACCGCGGCCGCGACGACCGGCUACAGCCAGCCCGUUACGGCUCCUCCGCCAGUCUCCGCACGAUCCGACCCCAGCUACGACUACACGCCCCCGAUCAAACAGGAGCUAAGCUACGACCAUUCGUCAGGCAUUGACCCCGACCGCCAUAUGUCCUCGACUUCGCUGCCCGAAAGCUCCAGAGUACUCGAUCAAAAGCCUCCGCCGCACUUGGCUGCCGGCAAUCCUUCCCGAGCAGUAGCCAGAAGCAUGAAGAUCCACGAGAUUAUCGACCUGCUCGGGCCGCCGCCCCCGGCGCAGCAGAUCAGUCAUACCGAAGAGACUUUUAACGAGAUCACAAAGGUGUAUCAUGAGAUGUACGCGGCGGCGCUCGGCGCCUUCUUCGAGACAACGUGGUACUAUUUUGCGGAGAACGGGAAAAUGAGUUUCCCCAAGGACGCCAAUUUGAUUGAGCACAUGGCGUCCUUCCUUAAGAUCCUGGAGGCGGUCAAGGCGAACGACCACGCCCAGAUGGCCUACUCGGGCGUGCUGGAGACGAGGAUUGUUUGGGAACUGGCAUGCACCGCAUAUGCCACGCCGGAUCGGACCAACAGCGCCCCUCGCAUGAACUUGCCACCCGAAGGCGAUGCAGCCGAGGCACGCAACCGGCUGCAUGUCGUUGAGACCCUGCUCUGCGGAGAAUACCUGAUGGCCAACCCACUUGCGGCCCCCGUUGCCGACCAAGACCCGCACCGAUCCCGACAGUAUGAGUUUUGGUACUGCUUGGCUGAGUUUGUGCGGAAGCGCGACAGCCCGAAUUCACCACAGGCCGUCAAGGCCAGGGAAGACAUGCUGAGCAGGAUGCGCCGUCUGCUGGACGGGCGGGAGAACCGCGACGUUCUCUACUCCAUCGCCGUGGUCCGAGAGCUUGCGCCCAACUUCGAGCCUGGCUUUGGAAAUACGCUCCCGCAGCACCUCGACGAGACGGACCCCAAGAACAGACUGGCGGUGGCCUCAAAGUUCAUUCUCGACGAGGCGCAGGUCACCGGUGGCACGACGAAUGUGGUGCGGCGAUUUAGCGACAUCGCCUCUCGGGCCUUUGUCAACCCAGGCGUUAACGUAGCCGGCCGCAGCUAG